AUGUCGGAUUUUUUGGGUCGUAUUGGUCAAAUAACUGAAUGGGUAGUCGUAUCGAAUCUGGAAAAUCGAGCAGUUAAUGCAGCAGUCGAUAAAACUCAAGAUUGGUGGAAAAAUCGUAAACAAAAUAAACAUCAUGAUUCUCAUUCUGCAUCGGUCAAUCAAGGUCCAAUAUCAUCACCACCACCACCAUCACAACCACAAGCAUCAUAUCCUCAGUAUCAACCACAACAACCAUACUAUCAGCCACCACCACCACCACCGACAUCUAUGGGAGGUGGUCAAUUAUUACUCAGUGUAAAUCAUAUUGAAGGUUUAAAUCAAUGGGGACCUUUAGUUGCUAUUAUCGAAUGUAAUCAACAACGAAAUCAAAUAACAUUGGGACAAUUUCAACAACAAUUUUCAUUUCCAAUUUAUCAAUUUGAUUAUGAUCAACUUUUUAUUUGGAUUCAAACAGAACAUCAACAACAAACAAUUGCUCAUGGUGAAAUUCCUGUACGAAUUUUGUUUAACAACAAUAAUAAUUGGACUGCUCAACAACAACGAUGGAUUCCGUUACGAGAUAAUUCCAAUGGACCAUCAGGACAAGUACUUGUUAAUAUAGAAUAUCAACCAAAUUCAUCAUCAGCACAACCUAAAUCAGGACCUCCACCUCCUUAUGGUUAUUAUUCAUAA